AUGCUGGGGCUCAUGGACGCGCUCGGUAUAGAGCGGUGCCAAGUGGUGGGGCUCAGCUACGGGGGAAUUGUCGCGUACCGCAUGGCGACGCUCUCCCCGUCGCGCGUGGCGCGGCUGGCGGUGGCGGGGUCGGGCGUGAUGAUGAACCGCGCGGAGUACGACGCGCUCAUCGAUCGCUGGGGCGUGCGCAGCACCGUGCCGCUCUUCCUUCCGCGUACGCCCGCGGAGCUGCUGCGCCUGAUCGGCAUGGCGCACCGCGAGACGCCGUACCUGCCCGAGUGGAUUCUCCAAGACGCUGUUGACUGCUUCAUCCGGGGGGGCGUUGCGCUCAUGCGUGGUGUGUUGUGCAUGGUGUGGUGCGUGCAGCGCUUCUUCGAGAACAGGGAGGAGAAGGCGCAACUACUGGAGGACCUGUGCAAGCAGAGAGUGCACGGCGACGCACUCUACCCCGUGCCAACCAUGGAGACGCUAAUCCUGUGGGGAGAGGAUGAUGCAGUGUUCCCGAUCUCCAUUGGCUACCGCAUGCAUAAGCACUUUGGACCGUGCAGUCGCCUGGAGGUGUUUGAAAAAGGCUCGCAUGCACUACAAGCGGACGACACCACUCGAUUCAACCACACCAUCCUCACCUUCUUACUGCACGGCAAUGCUCCCACCCACACUCGCUCCUCCUCUCCUCCUUCUUCUGCUGCUGUUGGAGCUGCACCUGCUGCGAUCUCGCCUGGUUUGCUGUCUGCUGGAGUGGUGGCAGUGGCAGCUGGAGCUGUGGGGGCUUGCAGUGUGACAGGGGGCAGUGAUGCUGGAGUAGCGUUCGGGCCGUUGGCUGUGAAUGUCGACCACUGGGCGUAUGGAGUAGCAUGGAACGUGUUCAGAGUGGGCGGUUGGUCGCGGAAUCUCAGUAUUGUCAGGGAGCUUUAUGCCGCUCUCGGAUCUGGCGACCUGCUGAGAGCCCGAGCGCACUUGGCGGAGGACGUGGACUGGUGGUUCCAUGGUCCUAAAUCUCGCCAGCUGCGUUGCAUGCAAUUUCUGUCGCUGAUUGUCGGGGAAGUUGAUUCUGAUGGUGUGAAGUUCAUGCCCGUCGAUGUGACUGCCAAAAACGACAAGGUUAUUUCCGAGGGUGUCAGCAUCGUGAAGACCCGUCGUGGAGCGCUGGUGGAUGUGGCGUGGGUCCACGUCUGGACGGUGUCGCCCGUCAGCGGCAGAGUGACUGGACUCCAAGAGUUCGUCAACACUGCCGUUUCCGCGACUGUGCUUGGACCUGCUUCUGGCGCGCUAAGCUCGCUGCCCGCGGCUUCAUGCCGCGAGGCUAUGGCUUCCAGCGCGAAGCUAGUCUCGCAUUUGGCACGGAAACCCUACCUCAGUCGCGCCCAGCCUUCCCUCCGCCGUUUCCGCCCAGCGGAAAGCUCCGCUCCGCCCAUGGACGCGUUCCCCGAGGAGCUGCUCACUCCGCCGGUGCCCCUGGUGGCGCUGCUGGGCGUGCCGGAGCUCCACGUGGCAAUCGCGCAGCACCUGCAGGCGCAGUCCCCGCCCGUGGCGUCCGUGUUCGUGCCCGACCGCGCGGACGCGGCGGAGGUGAGCGGGAAGGAGCGGCGGCCCGCGGACGCCAAGUGCGCGCCGCCGCUGGGCGUGGUGAAGGCGGAGUGGGUGAAGAAGCACCGCGAGCGCAUCCCCGCGGCGGCGGUGGUGCUGGUGGAGAAGGCGCUGCUGUGCGGGGAUGCGGGCGCGUGGCAGUCCGUGUGCGCCGAGAUCGACCAGAUCAAGAGUGCGUUGAGGGGGCGUAAUGUGAAGCUCGUUCUGCUGCUCGUGCAGGCCUCAGCAGGCGGUGAGAUGAGUGAGGAGCGGCUGGGCAUGCUGAAGCGGCGGGCGGAGGUGGAUGGGCGCAGCUGCAUCCCCUUCCUCGUGGGCGAUGCUGAGGACCAGAAACGCUCCCUCUCCCGGCUGUACGCGGUGGUGGUGGAGCUGUGCGGCAACUACUACCGGGACGAGGUGCGGCGCAUGCGCCUCAAGAUAGAGCGCCGCGCGUACUCGCACACGGAGCUCACCGUGCGAUACUACUUCAAGGUGCGUGCAUGCACCGUGCAGGGACCGCACCGCACCGCACCGCACGGCUGCGCGUCAAACCUAGACGCCUGCUUGCACACCGAGCUCAUCGUGCGAUACUACUUCAAGAUGGGCAUGUAUUGUGAGUUCCGUCGCGAGUGGCUGCCUGCUGUCAAGUGCUACGAGGCGGCCUUCCUCUCGCUGCAGGAGCUCUUCUCAGGAGCAUCGGAGCGCUACCCCUUGCAAACCGUCCUGGAAGUAAAAGCAGUGGCUGAGGUACUCAGCCUCAAGGUCUGCACGCUCCUGCUGCACUCGGGCCGCGAGGUCGAAGCAGUGGGCUGGUUCCGCACCUUCAUGGAGUGGUUCCGAGCCCGUGUGGGCCCUCCUGAAGCUGCUUUUCUGCACUGGGGAUGGAUGGCGAGGCAGUAUGAGGUGUUUGGGGAGUUGCUGCAGCAGAGGCUGGCGUCGUCUGGGCAUGUGGUGGGGACGCCGGCUGGUGCUGCUCUUGCUGUUGGGUCUGCUGCUGCGGCGGCGGCGGCUCCUGUGGUGGGGGUAGGAGGGGGUGGGGGUGUGGAGGGGGACGAUGCUGCUGUUGCUGCGGCUGCUUCUGCUGCUGCCGCUGAUGCUGAUGGGAUGAAACUCACAGGGCCACCGUUGGCUGCUGCGUCGCUUGCUCCGUCCCCUGCUCCUUCCUCCGCCUCCCUCUCCUCCCUCUCCUCCUUCCCGCCCUCUGCGCCCUCCUCCCUUCCCUCCUCCGCCCGCUCCUCCCCUCCUCUCUCCCCCGCUCCUAGCACCGCCUCCUCCACCUCCUCCGUCCCUCCCCUCCCCACCCCUGUCACAGCCGCCACCGCUGCCGCAGCCGCUGCCGCCGCAGCCGCAGCAGCAGUGGCAGUAGCAACAAGCGCAACCGCUGCCGCCACUGCCGCUGCCACCACAGCAGCAGUCACAGCCACAGCAACGCCUCUUCCACCCGCCUUGGAAGGCCAGGGUCCCUUCUCAUCCCAGUCCCUGCGCGUUCCGCUAGUAGCACGCGUUUUCCAGCUAGCAGCGAAGCACAUGCUCAGGCACAGGCGUGCAUAUGACGAUGCCCGUUUGGCUCUGGAUACUUUUGGAUUGGCGGCGCUGGGAGGGGAUGGAGGCGGCGUGGGAGGGGUUCAGGCGGGGGCGUUUGGAGCGGUUGGAGUGAGUGUGGAUGGGUUGGUGGAUGUUCUGGCGGAGGGGAAUUCGGGAGUGGAGGAGCCGGUGUAUGUGGGGCAGGCGUGCCGGCUGGUGUUCCGAGGCCAGGCGCCACACGAGCAGCGCCCCACGGACCAGGAAGUGCUGCUGCACGAGGUGGUGCGGCAGCGGUCGGGGCAUCUGUCAGGGGCCGUUAUUCUGCUGCACGCCAAGGCACACGACCUGUACCGCGGCAUCCACGCCCAGCGCAUGAUGGCUCAGGUCUCAUGUGACAUGGCAAGGGAGUACCUCUGCAUGCACGACUACCCCAACGCCAAGCUGCUCCUAGACGCCAUUGCCCAGCUCUACCGCCGCGACUCCUUCUCCUCGCUGCUUGCCUUCUGCCUGCUCAACCUCCGCUCCUGCGCGCGCCACCUCUCCCUCCUCCCCGACUUCCUGCUCUAUUCUCUCGAGCUCUGCACUCUCCCCGCGCUCCCCUCCCCGCCACCCUCCGCUGCUUCCCCCUCCGCGGUUGCGCUUCCUGCUGCGUCUGCGUCCCUGCCCCCGUCUAGCUGGAUGGAUUUGGGUUCGGGGGAAGGGGGAGGCGGAGCAGGGGGCGUGGGGGAUGUGUACGAGGGGGGUGUGGGGGGGAGUGUGGCGGUGGGGGGGAGAGUGGGGGAGAGGGAGAAGCGGGCAGUUGCACAGGAGCUUCUGCGGGUGCUGAGAGGAGCGCGCAUGGAUGGGGGCAGCGAGGGGGACGAGGGGGAGAGGCGAGCGAGCGAAGGCGGAGGAAGCGGAUUCACCAGAAUCUCAGACUCAUGGAAAGGAGGAGGGGAAGGCGGAGGGGAGGACAGCGCGAGCAGCUGGGCCAGCAGCGUGACUGCAUCUGCAGGAGGGGAGGAGGAAUCAGUGAAAAAGGCAGCAGCAGCAGCAGCAGCAGCUGCAGCGGCCCUGAGAGUGGGGCCCACCCACCCGUUCCUCCUCUUCACCCAGGAGCUACCCCACCUGCGUGCAGUGCUCUCUGCUACUGCCGCCUUCCCCCCCCGCCCCGCACACCCCCCCUCACCCCCGCGCAUGGGGCAGUCGCUGCAGGUGUGCGUGUCCCUCCUCACCCACUUCCCUAUUCCCCUGCGCCUGCAGCGGCUGCUGGUGCGGUUCAGCCAAUCGUGCUGCGACACGUGGAUUCCGAGCAGUGGGGAGGGGGAGGAGAGGGUGGGCGGGGAUGGGGGGAAGGAGGGGAAGGGGAAGGGGGAGGAGGGGGGGAAUGCGGAAGGGCUAGUGCUGCAGCCUGGUGUGUGGAAGCGACUGUCCUUGUCCGUUACUCCAGGUAACUGUGAUGGUGAUGAUGGUGAUGGUGAUGGUGGUGGUGGUGGUGGUGGUGGUGGUGGUGGUGGUGGUGGUGGUGGUGGUGGUGGUGGUGGUGGUGGUGGUGGUGGUGGUGGUGGUGGUGGUGGUGGUGGUGGUGGUGGUGGUGGUGGUGGUGGUGGUGGUGGUGGUGGUGGUGGUGGUGGUGGUGGUGGUGGUGGUGGUGGUGGUGGUGGUGGUGGUGGUGGUGGUGGUGGUGGUGGUGGUGGUGGUGGUGGUGGUGGUGGUGGUGGUGGUGGUGGUGGUGGUGGUGGUGGUGGUGGUGGUGGUGGUGGUGGUGGUGGUGGUGGUGGUGGUGGUGGUGGUGGUGGUGGUGGUGGUGGUGGUGAUGGUGGUGAUGGUGGUGAUGGUGAUGAUGGUGAUGAUGGUGAUGAUGGUGGUGGUGGUGGUGGUGGUGGUGGUGGUGGUGGUGGUGGUGGUGGUGGUGGUGGUGGUGAUGGUGGUGGUGAUGGUGAUGGUGAUGGUGAUGGUGAUGGUGAUGGUGAUGGUGAUGGUGAUGGUGGUGGUGGUGAUGGUGAUGGUGAUGGUGGUGAUGAUGGUGAUGAUGGUGAUGAUGGUGAUGAUGGUGAUGAUGGUGGUGAUGGUGGUGAUGAUGGUGAUGAUGCGUUCAGCGGGCUGCUCGAGUGUCUACAGGUGCAGGCGCACAUCACACCACACGCCAUCCUCUCCUGCCCCAUCGACAGCCCGCAAGCAGCAGGCCUCGUGCCCUUCUGGGUCUUCGAAGCCCCCUCUCCCUCGCCCUUUGCCGACUCAUCCCUCUCUGUGCUGGGCCAGAAGGCAGUGGAGAUAGCAGACGAAGCUCCUCUAGCGGAUGUGACUGUGGAGUGUGCAGCAGACGGGGGGUUGGUAGGGGAGGCGUUGCCUGUGCGUGUGUGGGUGCGGUCUCUCGGGCACGCGCUGUGGUCUGCGUCGCUGUCUCUUGUUCUGUCUGCUGCUGCUGCCGCCGCUGGCGCGGCUGGCGGUAAUGCUGCUGCUGGUGCUGGUGCCUCUGGUUCUACCUCUACUUCCCCUCUAGCAGCAUCGUCCCCUCCCGCCUCGCCUGCUGCUUGGCCCACUGCCCAUGCACCCUCCAACAACCCCUCUUCCACCACCACCACCGCUACCAGCAGCAGCACAACCAGCACCACCAACAGUGCAACCGGCAGCGGCGGCACAGGCAAGGAAGGCCCCGGCACUGCCUCUCACAGCAUCCCUUCCAUAGCCCAUCUGCCUGCCUUCGAACCCCCGCCUCUCCCAGGGUAUUUGCCCAUCCCACCUGCUGGUACUAGUGCAGGGGACGCGUUUGCAGUCCUGGGGGAAGGUAAUGCAGGGAGAGACGAGGGGGGGGAAACAGAGGUGCAUGGGACUGCUGUUCCCGCGGAAAUUCUAUUGCCGUGGGGGGAGCAGGGGGGGUGGGCGGGGCAGGGGGCGGGACAGGGGUUGGUAGACGGGGAGACAAGAAGGGAAGUGGGAGAGGUGGAUGAAGGAGGGAAUCGGAUUGAGAGAAGAGUGAGCAGCGAGCAGCAGCAGCUGGUGGCACUGAGAGGAGACAUCAAGGUUCCUAUGGUGGAACCCCAUGGGUCAUGGAGCACAGUGGUGUUUGUCCGGUGGAAGGCCGCCCUUCCCCUUAGCUUCAUCGCCACGCUCUCGUACUCCUCCUCCCCUCCUGCUCCGGCUGCUGCUGCUGCCUCCACCCAAGCUACACAGGCUGAAGGGAGCGUGAGAGAGGAGCCUGCUGCUGCUGCUCCUGCCGAUGCCACUGCUGUGCUCCAUCGCUACAUCGGCCCCUUUCGAAAAGACUCCCUCAUCCCCAUAUUCCAGUUCUCCCCUGCUGCUGCCUCCACCCCCACCACCUCCUCCGCUGCCUCUACCCCCACCACCCCGCUUCCCCCCUCCACGCCCUCCUCUCUCUCUGCUCUCACAGCAGCAGCAGGAGCAGCAGGAGCAGGGGUGGCGCCGGCAGCAGCUGUGGCGGUGCAUGAGACGUGUGUGGUGGCGGUGGUUGUGCGUAACACAGCGUGCACGGCACUGCGGCUGCUGGCAGUGCGAGUGCAGCAGCUGCAAGGGGACGAUUCCGCGUGCCUUGUCCGGCCAGUGUCCAUGCGUGGCCGUGCAUCUGCUGCUCUCGCUGCUGCUGGUGGUGCUGUUUCACACGCAGACGAUGGGAGAGAUGGUGACAGCAGCAGUGCAGGUGCGGAAAGCGGUGGGGAAGCGGAAGUGCCAAUGGCAUCAGAAUCACAAGAGCAAUCAGAGGCGUGCGAUUCAGAACUUCCCUUGGUGCUGGGUCAAGGCGAGUCCUUCACCCAGCUCUUCCAUGUCACCCCGCGUGUUGCCUCGCCCGCCCUCGUUAUCGGCUCGCUGCUGCUCACGUGGCAGCGCCAUGCAGCUCAAGGAGAGAGCAGCAAUUGGUUGCUAAGUCAGUCAGUUUUGCAAGUGCCUGCAGGCAUGGCAAGCGAGAAUGUUCUGGCUAGUGGAUUGAGUGUCAAGCUUGCAGGCUCUGACCCUGUGGCACUAACUUUAGACGCUGCAGCCCCACCCGACCAGCCACACCAACAGGUAGCCCAGACCCCAACCCCCGCACCCUCAUUCCUCCCACAGCUCUCCCCAACCGUCUCGUCUCUCCGGCCGUUCCCGCCCGUUCUCGUCGCGAACCCGAUUCUCGUCGCGUCGCUGCGCCUACCGCCGUACACGAUCGUCGGGUCGCCCUUCUCCUUCUCCAUCCGCCUCUCCAACUGCACCACCUCGCUGCAAGAGGUGGUGUAUCAGCUGCAGGACGCGCCCGGCUUUGUCUUUGCAGGCCAGCACAGUGGCUCGGUCACAGUGCUCCCCCGCGCCUCUCUGCGCCUCUCCUUCCGCCUGGUCGCGGUGGCAUCGGGUAUGCUGCAGCUGCCACUCAUUCGGCUCCUGGCCCCCCGCCCUGCUGCCAAGCUCUACCCCUGCCUGCACACGUCGCGGCUGUUUGUCUUCCCCUCUGCCGCUGCUGUGCCUGCUGCUGCUGCAUCUGCUGCUGCUGCUGCUGCCGGUGCAGGAGCGGGUAGCAAGAGGGGGAUGAUGGGCGCCCUUCUGUUGCAACAACCCUAA